UAACAGCAAGACAAAGCCACUUUUCUUUUCUUUUGAAAUGAUGAAACUGCACUACUCCCAGAUUUUGCCUGCUUCUCCGUUUCCUCAUUUCCCUCCCGUAUCGGUCGGUAUAGAAGAAGAGUUUCAGUAGAACUUCUAUUGAUGGCUAAUCUCCCUCAGAAUUUUCCGAUGAGCGCCGCUGCCGCCGCCGCAUUCGGAGGAGGUCCUGGCCCUUCCUCCGCCACCGCCGCUUUCGGAGGAGGUCCUGGCCCUUCCUCCGCCAUCGUGGCUCAGCCCAACAGGGAACGUACGAUGCAAUCUGCCGAGCAGCUCGUGCUCGACCUCAGCAAUCCCGACCUCCGAGAAAACGCUCUUCAUGAGCUCUCCAAGAAGAGAGAAAUAUUUCAGGAUUUGGCCCCACUGCUGUGGAAUUCAUUUGGUACUGUUGCUGCGCUCUUACAGGGUGGAGGUUCACAAUAUUCACCAUAGCUAUAUUUUUAUACCAGCAUUGUGCACUAAAGGAACGUGGACACUGAUCUGGUAUUUGGUAAAUACAAUCUACUACUAAUCUACUAUAUUUUUAUUGGGUUUUGGAUGCUUCUGUUUUGCCAUGCUUGCAGGAAAUUGUUUCCAUCUACCCAGUUUUAUCACCACCUAAUCUUACUCCUGCACAAUCAAAUAGAGUUUGCAAUGCACUUGCACUUCUUCAGUGUGUAGCCUCUCACCCAGACACCAGAUUGCUGUUUAUGAAUGCCCAUAUUCCUCUGUAUCUGUAUCCUUUUCUCAAUACAACUAGCAAAUCGAGACCUUUUGAGUAUCUGAGGCUUACUAGCUUAGGUGUCAUUGGUGCCCUGGUGAAGGUUGACGACAAUGCCGUUAUCAGUUUCCUUCUCUCAACGGAAAUAAUUCCACUCUGUCUGCGCACAAUGGAGAUGGGCAGUGAGCUAUCAAAAACAGUUGCCACAUUUAUUGUGCAAAAAAUCCUUCUGGAUGAUAUGGGUCUGGACUAUGUAUGUACCGCAGCAGAGAGAUUUUUUGCAGUGGGCAGGGUGUUGGAAAAUAUGUUGGUUGCGCUUGCCGAUCAGCCUUCGCCCAGGUUGCUCAAGCAUAUAAUUAGGUGCUACCUUAGGUUAUCAGACAACCCAAGGGCUUGUGAUGCACUUAGAAAUGGUCUGCCAGGCAUACUCAGGGAUGCUGCCACCAUCAGCAACAGCCUUCGUGAUGAUCCACUAAGUAGGAGGUGGCUACAACAGUUGCUUCAGAAUGUGCAAGGUCCUCCAGGUCCUCGAGCAUCCCUUCAAGUUCAAGGAGGUUUUGAUCAUUUUUUGAUGAACUAAAUUAUCUUGAUCCCACCUAGUUGCGGAUCUGCUGAAUGGUUCUGUAAUAACUGUUUGACGAAAAUGCGGAGACUAGUUUAACUCAGUACUGUAGCUUAACAUCUAGUUAAAAAAAGAAACUGAAAACUCGCAAGUGCAACCACUCUGGUGUGGGCCUAGGCGUGGUAGAUCUGAAUUUUUCAUGUGGUAGUCCUACAGUUGAGGUAUAUAGGAAAGAAUUAAAGAGGGUUUGGACUAAAAGAAAUUUGCUAUAUAUUGACA